GUUUUCUUUUUCUCCUUGAAGGCUCGCAUGUAAAGCUGGCUCCGUGGGCACUCGCCUUCACUGGGGGUUGGCGUGGACAUAACUUGGCCCUGAAAGUCUCUGACACCCCGAUUGAGGGUUUUUUUUAUGGAAGUCACAUUGUAAGACACCUCCUCAGCUCCUAUUUUGUCUGGGUCUCCCCCCUUCCUUGAUGCUGCGAGCUUCGACCAUCUGGAGACCUCUGGAGCUUUGGCAGUUGCGCUGAACGGAGUGCGUUUCACCCUAAAAAACAAAACUCCUGCUUGGAUCCAGCAUGAUUCCCUGGCAGGGUACCCUCAGCGGCUGUGAGAUGGAAGAGAUCGCAGGGUGGGAGCGAGUCCUGCUGAGAGGAGAGAGAAGUUGGGGCAUGUGAGGCUUGAUGAGCGAGCUGCCGAGAGGGUCCAGCGGAGCUGAACCCGGCAUCGCAAUCGCGGUUUUAGCUGUCAUUUUUUAUCCCCUGGUUUUAGCCUGUGCGUGGGGGGAGCAGUCUCCCCUCCAGCAAAGCGUUGCCCAGUCCCUUGGCCUCUGUUGGGAACCAAGUUCAGCCACAAUAAAAGAAACUCUCCUGCGCUGGGUCCAGUCAGGAGCCAUGAAGAAACUCCAGUUGUCAGCUGAGCUGAGCAAGGCGGAGGACUCCUGCCGCUUGCCCGACAGCCCUUGUGGGAUGCCAGGCAGAGCCAAAGGCAGCUCACCAGCCCCGGACAAGGGGGACAGGGGUCCCGGACUGGAUGCCACAGCCCAGCUGCCCAAGAAGCGGAAGCGCUGCGGGGUCUGCGUGCCCUGCUUGAGGAAGGGCAACUGUGGUGCCUGCUACCACUGCCUGAACCGGAGAACCAGCCACCAGGUCUGCAAGAUGAGGAAGUGUGAGACUCUCAAGAAGAAGAAGUCAGUGCUUCUCAAGGAGGUGGAACGAAAGGACAAUAGAGAAGCACGGACGCAGGAGCAAGUGCUGGCAGCCAAGACAGGUUCAGAGGGCAACUCAGUUGAUGGACCCACAAGAGGCCAAAUGGAAGAAGGGCCAGUCAACUAUGUUGAAGAAAGAAGGUUGAACGAAGGCCGGGGGCUCAGCGUGGUGAAUGGCGGUAGCCAGCAGGCCGGGACAGGUGCCAUGCUAAUGGAAGCGAGUGGGUGGCUCAGCAGCCCACCAGUGGCCCCCACGUCCAGCGAGAAGGCCAAGUGGGAGCGGGCACCAGUGCCGGCCCCGGGCCCAGGGGAUGCCGGGAGCAAUGCCAACCUGGAGGAUGCACGGAACCUGGUGGCUUUCUCGGCGGUGGCUGAGGCCAUGUCUUCCUAUGGGAUGCCGGCCUCAGGGUCCCCGUCACUGCUGAGCAUGCAACUGUACGAGAAGUUCAACUCUGAGAUGAGCCGAGGAGGGGCGGGAAAGCCCACGCUGCCCCCGUCCCCCGAUGGUGUCACCCGCGGCGAGGACCUGAAGGCACUCAAGGCUGCCCUGACCCUGGCCAAGCAUGGCAUGAAACCCCCCAACUGCAACUGCGACGGCCCUGAGUGCCCCGACUACCUGGAGUGGCUGGAGCAGAAGAUCAAGUCAGCCAUCGGGGACGAGCAGAGCCCACGGUCCCAGCAUGUCAGCGAAGCCCACCAGCUCCCAGACCAAGGUGCUAUUCUUAACCAGGUGCCUGCAACAGAGGAGGUGCUAAAGCCAUGCCCUUCUGACAGCCUCCCCUUUUCCCCAAGUGCACUGAGCAUCGCCAAGGAAAAGAACAUUAGUCUCCAGACAGCCAUCGCCAUCGAGGCCCUCACCCAGCUGUCGUCCACCCUCCCCCAGCCGGCCAGGGAGGUGCCGGCCACUUCCGACAGCUCCUUGCCACCUGCAGCAUUCACCUCCAAGGACCAGCUGGUGCGGGCAUCUCCCUUCUGCCCUGAUGAAGCCCGGGGACUGGCCACCCCCAGCAGGGAACGGUCUCCGAGCCAAGCAGCACCGCCCUAUGGAGGGCAGAAGGUGUUCCAGGCACCACUAUCCCUGGCACAAUCUCCAUGGCCAGCUGAGGAUGCCCGCUGCCUCCUAGAGCGCAGCACCCUCCGGGAGUCCGCGGGUCUCUUCCCCACCUCCACUUCCACCCCACCGAAGCCCGAGUUCCCCGAGCCAUGGGGCGAGGAGACAAAGACGAAGAACAGCUUGUGGGCUCUGGACUCCACCCCACCAGCCAGUGACCCCAUGGCUGAGCUGGAGCAGCUGCUAGGCAACACUGACGAUUACAUCAAGUCAGUGUUCAAGCGGCCAGAAGCAAUGCCCAACAAGGCAAAAGCCAUCAAGCUGAAACAGGAGCCGCCUGACCCGGCCCUGAAGAAGGAGUCUGGGGCUGGCUACCCCAAGCCAGUCGCUGGCCAGCACUUAUCCCAGCUGCUGCAGGAUGCGGAUUUCCACAAGAAGACCCAGCUGGUGCUGCAGCAGCACCUGCAUCACAAGCGCAGCCUCUUCCUUGACCAGAACCUGUCACAGCCAGGCCCACCGGAGCCGCCGCCCCACUGGUGGGCCCCCAGCUCCCCAGCCCUGGUGUCCAAGCCAUCCGAGAAGCAGGCCAAAGAGAAGAAGAAGAAGGUGCAGCCAGACAAGGUACCCCAGAUAAAACCACUCCGUAAGCAGGUCCAGAUCAAGAAGCCCAAGCAGAAAGACUCUCAACCACUCUUCCUGCCCCUGCGGCAGAUCAGCCUCGAAGGCUUCCGCGUGGCCCCUGCCCCCGAGCCCCCCAUGGAAGAGAUGCAGACUGAGCCGCAUCCACCCAGCACCCCCCUCAGGCCGCUGCCUUUUGCACUACCCAUUCCUGGUGCUGCCGCUGCGCUGUCUCCGCUGCAUAAGCUACUUGGCGACGGAGGAGGCCAGGUGCCUGACUCUCAGGGAAGGUGCGCUCCUGGCCACAGCAGCCCGGAGGAGAGCCAUUGUCAGGGGCUGGCGGGCCAGCCCACUCUGCCUGGUGCUCCUGUUGCCAGCUCGGUGCCCUGCUGCGUGACCACCACCUCUGGCCUCGGGCCGGAUGAAGCUGCCCACAAGCCCUUACCCCCAGGUGAACCCCAGAACUCCAUCAUGGUGGAUGACAAACUGGAGGAACUGAUUCGGCAAUUCGAGGCAGAGUUUGGGGAGAACUUCAACCUGCAGAAUCCCGAGCUCCCGGCUCCGGUGGCUGAUGGGUUGCCGGCCCAGCCUCCCUGCCACCCAUGCUCUCAGACCCAGUCCCCGGAGCUGCCAGGAGGCUCUGACGCAGCCCCCCAAGUGCCAGCCACCAAGGAGGAAGCACCGCCCCUCACCAGUGCUCCCAACCCAGGGCUAAAAAGCUUUUCCCUCUCGCCCGGGAAGGGGCAGCAUUUGGAGAGCGCCUUUGCAGCGAGGUCGCCUAAGCAGAUAAAAAUCGAAUCUUCUGGUGCUAUAACCGUGGUGUCAACCACUUGCUUUUACUCUGAGGAAAGCCAAAACACGGAUGCCGACGAUGUGGAUGGGACCCCGACCAAGGAUGACGUGCCGCUCACGCCCACCCUCAGUGGAUUCUUGGAGUCUCCGCUGAAGUACCUGGACACGCCGACUAAAAGCUUGCUGGACACCCCAGCGAAGAGGGCUCAGGCGGAGUUCCCCACCUGCGAUUGCGUGGAACAAAUUGUGGAGAAGGACGAAGGACCCUACUACACCCACCUGGGGUCGGGACCCACCGUGGCAUCCAUCAGGCAGCUCAUGGAGGAACGGUACGGUGAGAAGGGCAAAGCCAUCAGAAUCGAGAAGGUGAUCUACACUGGGAAGGAAGGAAAGAGUUCACGGGGCUGCCCUAUCGCCAAGUGGGUGAUCAGGAGGCACAACCAAGAGGAGAAGCUGCUGUGCUUGGUCCGGCACCGGGCUGGUCACCACUGCCAGAAUGCUGUCAUCAUCAUCCUCAUCCUGGCCUGGGAAGGCAUCCCCCGCACCCUGGGUGACACACUCUACCAGGAGCUCACCGACACACUCACCAAGUACGGGAACCCCACGACCCGCCGCUGCGGCCUGAAUGACGAUCGAACCUGCGCCUGUCAAGGCAAGGACCCCAAUACCUGCGGUGCUUCUUUUUCCUUUGGCUGUUCCUGGAGCAUGUAUUUCAACGGAUGCAAAUAUGCUCGAAGCAAAACUCCCAGGAAGUUCCGGCUGGUGGGAGACAAUCCCAAAGAGGUUUGUGCCUUGGCUGGGCGUGGCGGGUCUGACCUGGCCACGGAAGUUGCCCCGCUUUACCGGAGGCUGGCGCCACAGGCCUACCAGAAUCAGGUCACCAACGAGGAUAUAGCAAUAGACUGUCGGCUUGGCCUGAAAGAAGGACGGCCCUUCUCUGGGGUAACGGCAUGCAUGGACUUCUGUGCUCACGCUCACAAAGAUCAGCAUAACCUCUACAACGGAUGCACCGUGGUGUGCACCCUAACAAAGGAAGACAAUCGCAUCGUUGGGAAGAUCCCUGAGGAUGAGCAGCUGCACGUGCUUCCGCUGUACAAGAUGUCCACCACAGAUGAGUUUGGCAGUGAGGAGAACCAGAUCGCCAAGGUGGGCAGUGGCGCCAUUCAGGUUCUCACUUCCUUCCCCCGCGAGGUGCGCAAGCUGCCUGAGCCCGCCAAGUCUUGCCGGCAACGGCAACUGGAAGCCAAGAAAGCGGCAGCAGAGAAGAAGAAGCUGCAGAAGGAGAAGCUGAUCACGCCUGAGAAGAUCAAGCAGGAAGUGCUUGAGCUCCCAGUGCUCCAGCAGAACACAGGUCUAGCGCUGAAGAGCAGUCUCCCCCAGCAGCCGAUCAAACCUUCCCUGCAAGUGGAUCCACAGCCACAUUACAACACCUUCAAGUACAACGGCAACGCGGUGGUGGAGAGCUACUCGGUGCUGGGGAGCUGCCGGCCCUCAGACCCGUACAGCAUGAACAGUGUUUACUCCUACCAUUCCUACUAUGCACAGCCAAAUCUGCCUUCCAUGAACGGGUUCCAUUCCAAGUUCACACUCCCCUCCUUCAGGUACUACGGCUUCUCCAGCAGCCCCAUGUUCCCCUCGCAGUUCCUUGGCUACGGUGCUGCCGAGCAGGCCAGCACCUGGGUGGGCGGCAGCUACGACAAGAAACCCGAUGUCCAGGUGCUGCCGGAGAACCUGAGCCACACGUACCGGAGUGCAGACUUCCCCGAGCCCAUGCCUCACGUUGUGCGCAGCAAGAGCCACCACCAGCGGACGUACGAGCGAGCCAACCGCUACACCUCCCAGAAGGCGGUGACAGCGCCCCACCGGACCCACCCAGUGGCAGAGGAAGCCCCACCGUUUGCCCCCAGUGCCACCUGCUUCAGCAGCCGGGCGAUCAAGCAAGAACCUGUGGACUCCCUCUCCCAUCUGGAGUCUGUGCAGAGCCCUGGGCUGAGCUUGUCAGGGGUCCCCCUGUCAUCACAGAACGGCGUGCCGGACCGGCAGUGGAGCCCCUACCCAGCCCAUAGGAACGGGUCUCCUUCUGACAGGACUAGUAACUCGGAGGGCUUGUGGAGCAUGUAUUCACCUGGUGAUGGCCCCUCCUUACCUGGCGUGGGCACGCACGACAAGCUGAGCUCGCCCUUCGGCCCUCACGCCAAUGCGGCCAGGCCACCCGCCGCGCCCAUCCCUGAGAAGCCAUGGAAUUUGUUCCCGAGUGACGGCCCUGCCACUCAGCACGGUCCUGGCCCGGCGGGGAAAGCAUGGAGUCCUUGCAAAGCCAACGAGAGCAGUCUGGGCUUGGGGGCUGCGGCUCUGCCGGAGAAGCCCUGGGCCCUCGGGCAACUAGGCUUCAGUGCUGCCCUCAAAGGCGGUGCCGGGUUUCCAGAUGAGGCAUGGCCCGGGGCCAAAGGGGAGGAGCGGCGGACACCUACACCCAGUGUGGGGCUGCAUGAGAAGCUGUGGGAGCCCUUUGGCUCGCCAGCCCAUGGGGCCCUGGGCUCCUGCCUGGAGAAGCCGCUGGAGGCCCUGAAGGCUGAGGGCGGCACGCAUGUGACUGGCCUGGGUGCCCAGGAGAAGCCAUGGGACCCCUUCAGUCUGGACGAUAGUAUGGAGGAGCUGCAGGAGAAGAGCGCGGAGGAGGAGGAGGAGGAGGAGUGGUCGGACAGCGAACACAACUUCCUGGACGAGAACAUCGGGGGUGUGGCAGUGGCACCGGCCCACGGCUCCAUCCUGAUUGAGUGCGCACGGCGGGAGCUGCACGCAACCACACCGCUAAAGAAGCCCAACCGGUGCCACCCAACACGCAUCUCCCUUGUGUUCUACCAACACAAGAACCUGAACCAGCCCAACCAUGGCCUGGCCCUGUGGGAAGCCAAGAUGAAGCAACUGGCGGAGCGGGCGCGGGCAAGGCAGGAGGAGGCAGCCCGCCUUGGUCUGCAGCAGGAAGCCAAGCCCUUCGGGAAGAAGCGUAAGUGGGGGGGCUCCCCGGCCAUGGAGCCCCAACACAAGGAGAAGAAAGACUACAUCCCCACUCGGCAGGCGGUGGCCAUCCCGACAAACUCUGCUAUCACUGUGUCCUCCUAUGCCUAUACGAAGGUAACUGGACCAUACAGUCGCUGGAUAUGAAAGGAGUACAGCUCACAUGGCCAUCAUACCUC